CAAAUGAACGAAGAGUAAUUUUAGGCAACAACUGACGUAACUGAGAAUGUUUGUUAUUGGAGCAGAUUUGCAUAAUAAUAAACUGUAACAGCUAAGUUGAUAGGCGAAGGACAGCGUUGGAGGCGUACGCAUGAAGCAGAAUGGAAACAGAUGAAAACAGCUCUCACGCGUUGUCUCAGAACAUUUGCGCGAGGGUGUUGUGGGGUUGUUGUGUGCCAGCAUAAGCACGUGCCACAUUCAGCAUUUUCAGUGGCUGAACUCCUUACGCGCCAUUUAAGUGGGAGGCAUAAUACUAAUAUUUUAAGUGCUGCUUCAUCUAAGCAUCCAACCCGCUCUGAAGUGUAAUGUUUGUCUCGUUGCCUGGCGUUGAGCGCAAUGGUACAAGCGUUGUUGCUGCAGGCCACCACUUCAGAAAACUUGCACCUGUAACAUUUUCGCGAAGUCCUUUGACCUAUUGUGCCAUAAAGCCUGUGCAUUCAAAGCAAUGUAACCAGCUUUAUCACCGGGCGCGUAAAAAUAAAGCUUUUCAUAGAACGCAUCAGUGGAACUCAAGACACCACACAAAACUGUCCGUCUCCACCGCCGACAUCGAUGCGUUCUUUCGUCUCCUAGAUGACAGCGUGAUCCAGGCCUUUCUGGAUCGGGACCAGUGCAGAAAGUACGCCGACAAGUACCUGCUGGCAAUGGUUUUCACUUACUUCAUCCGGGCAAAUUACAGCUGGAAACAGUACAACCGAUACAACUUCUUCGUGGGACUAUACCUAGCGCACGACAUGGAGGAGGACGAGGAGGAGUUCAAGUUCGAGAUUCUUCCCUGGCUGUACGGUGACGGCUGGCGGCGGCGCUACCCGGUGCUGCUGCGCCACCGUGACCUGCUCUGGGGGCAGAUCGGCUAUCGGGCGGUGGUCAGCCGCAAGUGCUGCGACGAGGUGAUGUCGAUCCGGCCGCACCACCCGGUCUGGCUGCGCGUGCGACCGGAACACCACAGCGGCGCGCUGAGGGACUACACCACCGCCUACACCCGUCUCGGGCCGUACGGACCGCACCGGGCGCCCCCCAUCUGUCGCCUCUGCGCCGGCGCCGACGAGCUGGCCAGCGAUGACUCCGGCGUGGCCUACCCGCCCGACUCGCCGGCAGGCGAGAGCGGUGCCGACGAGGACGCCGCUUCGCCCGGGAUGGAGCUCUCCGACUCGCUGCUGACGCCUGCCUCUGGAGAGGCGUUCUGCAAGUAG